AUGAAGGGAUUGGCCUGCCCGUGGCCUGCCCUGCCUGGCUUUGGGCACCCGGGGUCCUGCUUCAUGGCUGAAGGCUCCUCUUGCACUCAGGCCCCGGGGCAAGGACCCCCCAUCAGCAUCCAGCUCCUGCGAGCCCAGUAUGAAGGCCUGAAGAGGCAGCAGAGGACCCAGAUCCACCUCCUGGUGCUCCCCAAAGGAGGACACACGCAUAAUUCUGCUGAAUCCAUGAUCAGCCCUGUUUGGAUUAACAAGGAGGCAAGGAGCUCCCUAUCUCUGGAAGAGGCAGAUUCUAAGGUGGAGGGGGUUCUGGAAGAAGCCGACCGAGGCGGUCUUCAGACUCCUGAGUCUCCAUGGCACACGCAUCUAGAGAUGCAUCGCUUAGUCCAAACCUUCCACCAUGAAACCAGUCAAGUGAAGCCCAAGGGCCAGCCUGUGGGAUCAGACCAAAGGCUCCGUCCAGAAGGAGACCCACACUUGUUUGAAAACCGUCACCCGACUCUGCCAGGAACCAAACUCCCAGAGGCAGCCCAGGGUCAAUGUCAGGUGGGCGGUUCCCUAACAAAGAUCGUGGGACCCAGCUUAAAAACCAACAUUCAGUUUCUUCCUUCCAUAAAGGACUCCCACAGGUCUGGCAGACCUGCUUACUAUCCAUUUCCCCGGAGGAAAACACCCAGGAUUUCCGAAGCUGCCCGGAACCUGGGCUUAUAUGGCCCAACCUGAAGUUUUCUGCUGAGCCACACAGAUCUGUCUCAUCAAAAAGCCAGCAAGGAAGAGUCUCUAGCUCCCAGCAACAGCUGGACUAUCCCAAAUGUAAGAACUGUGGGAAAUGAAUAGUGGGAACAUGAAUGAUCUUGACCUUCAAAACACCAAGAGGUCAGAUUGCUCACCAUUUAGGAUCAGAUAGUACUGUCGGAUCAAGCAUCUGCUUCUGUAAGAAGAGUUCACUAUGGAGCCCUGGAUGUCCAUUCUUUGGGGGAUCCAGUAGGACACCCUGAAAGAGGAGAAUUCUGAAACAGAGUGGGGACUUUAGCCAAUGGAGUACCUGAGUAUUGCCCAGGGCUCAAGGGGCAUAGACAAUCUUGUUCUCAAUAUUUUCUGAGUCCUCCCUCAAUAUAUUCUGAAUAAUACGAGUCUGAGAGUUCAGAAUCUUUUCCUGGCUGCUAUAUCUUGGGGGCUGUGUCACUUAGAAGUCAUUACACCCAUUUGUAGCAACCACACAAUUUCAUUUGUAGCCUCCCAUAGGACAUGGUCACCCUGAGUAAACAGGGUCAGAUCAGGGCCAAACUGACUAUUUUGUAUGUUUAAGGGGUCCACAGGAAAGGUGGCCAUCUGUCACCUGUCACUGAGACAUGCCAGCCUCGUCACAGACUAAGCUCCUUCCAUCCUUUCCUCUCUUCCUUUUUUCCUUUCAUCUUUCUCUCUUCUCUCCUUACAAAUU